GCGGAGUGCCGCUCUGUCGCUCGAAGUUGCCAGGGUUGGAGAAAUAAUCCCUCAGCCUCGGGAGCUCUCUGCCUGCCUCCAGUAGCUCGGUGUGAAACUCCAGGGCCGUGAGAAUGUAUUGGUCCCGUAAAAGCUGAGCAGCAAUAGCAUCCACAGACACCCGUGUCUCGGCGCUGCCUGCCAUGGCGGAGGUGGCCGCGACCGAGACCGAGAUGCCUUCACCGCUGGGGCUUGUCCGGUUACCACACAGCAGGAGCGUCGGAGGCUCGGCGUCCGCAGGCGGAGGGAACGGGUUCCCCGGCGGCGGCCCCGGAGCCCCGUCACUCGGGCUUCUCUCUGUGUCUGCUGUUUCAUUAGUGCGCCGUUCAGCCUCUUCCUCAGAAUCACUGAGAUCAAACGGGUUGACCGACGCCAUUUUUGCACUAUAGAGAUGUUUAGCAGUCUAAACUAGCUAAGCUAAUCAGACCAUGGAUCAAACUCGCUUCUUCCUGAAUGGAUACAAGCUAGCUAAGGUUUGACCUAGCUGCAAAAUGAGGAUGAUCACUUUCUUCGUGGUUGGACUAACAGUCCAUGUGGUCUUCUUCCUCUCUAUCUUUGACAUCUACUUCACCUCUCCCCUGGUCCAUGGCAUGACACCCCAGGCCACACGGCUGACACCCCCUGCCUCCAGACUGGUGUUAGUGGUGGCUGAUGGUCUCAGAGCAGACAGUUUCUUCACACUCCUCCCCAACGGCUCAUCCAGGGCCCCGUACUUGAGGAGUGUGAUAGAGGAAAAAGGUACCUGGGGGGUGUCCCACACACACGUGCCCACUGAAUCUCGUCCUGGUCAUGUUGCUCUUAUCGCUGGCUUCUAUGAGGAUGUCAGUGCUGUUGCUAAAGGGUGGAAGGAGAAUCCUGUAGACUUUGACUCCGUGUUUAAUGAGAGCAGACACACCUGGUGCUGGGGCAGCCCUGAUAUUCUACCUAUGUUUGCCAAAGGUGCCAGUGGAGACCAUGUGUAUAUCCACACAUACCCAGCAGAGGAGGAGGACUUUGCCUCUACAGAUGCCUCCAGGCUGGACAGCUGGGUGUUCACACAAGUCAAAUCAUUCUUUCAGUCAGCCAAGUCUAACUCCAGUCUGAGGGCCAGUCUCCUCGAGGAUGAGAACAUCUUCUUCCUGCAUCUGCUGGGCAUCGACACAAAUGGACAUGCUCACAGACCAAUGUCACAAGAGUAUCUAGACAAUAUUGGUCUAGUAGACACUGGUGUAGCUGAGCUCGUGUCUAUAGUAGAAGAAUUCUUUGGUUAUGAUGGCAGAACCUCCUAUGUGUUCACCUCUGACCAUGGCAUGACAAACUGGGGUUCACACGGUGCAGGCCAUCCCUCUGAGACGCUCACCCCUUUAGUGGUGUGGGGAGCUGGAGUUCAUCGUGCUCGCAAAGUCACUGAACCCCAAUCAUACAACGAUGCAUACCUGCAAGAUUGGAAACUGGAGCACCUUCGUAGAGUUGACGUGAAUCAGGCAGACAUCGCUCCCCUCAUGGCAUCUCUCAUUGGUGUACCCAUUCCUGUUAACUCUGUUGGUGUUUUACCGCUUCUCUACCUUAACAACAGUGACCAGUUCAAGGCAGAGAGCAUGUACACUAAUGCUAUGCAAGUACUAGAGCAGUUCAAGAUGAAAAUGAACCAGAAAAAGGAGACAACCUUGUCUUUUCUCUUCACCCCAUACCAACUACUGACUGAGUCAAAACAAGCAGAAUUCAUCCACCAGGCCAGAAUACUGAUUCAGCUGGAGAAAUAUGAAGAUGCAAUCUCUUUGUGCCAGUCUCUGAUAUCCCAUGCUCUGGAGGGCCUGGUCUACUACCACACCUAUGACCGGUUCUUCCUGGGUUGCAGUGUGGUGAUGGGAUUUGUAGGCUGGACCUCCUAUGUUGUCUUAGUCAUACUGAAGACUCAUGCCAGCCUCAACAGACGUCCCAGUCUCCUGAAACAGAUUCCCGGCCAUACCCUGGGAAGGCUGUGUAUGUGUGCGACACUGAUGAUCACUGUGUUCUUGCUUAUCCAAAGAAGCCCUGUUACGUACUAUAUUUACUGUCUGCUGCCUGUCCCUGUGUGGUACGCUGUCCUUAAAGAAUCUGGAACUCUAACAGAUUUGAUUCGCUCAGCUCCUUCUCUGCCACUGUGGAAAUGUUUUGGCUAUUUUGUGCUGGUGACGUUCGGGAUCGAGCUACUGGUGGUGAGUUUCUUCCAUCGCACCAUGCUGACUGUGGGCCUGGCAGUCCUCUCUCUCUGGCCCUUGCUGUCGGGACUUUUUGGCAAGGCCAAGUUCCGAUCAUUGAGCUGGUUUCUAGGCUGUCUGUGUUUGGCUGCUUUCCCCCUGAUGCCUGUUGUGGGUAGAGAGCCUAACAUACAUCUGGUUACCUGUGCAGGUCUACUCACUCUCUUCACUUCAGCCUGUUACCUCUGGUCAUCACAGCAGAGAACAGCACUGCACAUUAGUGACCGACAGCAGUUUGUCGCCCAGAUGCUUCAUGUGGCGGUGUGUGCGUACGUGCCAUCCCUCACGCACUCCAGCCUACAGCAGAAACAGGGUCUGCCACUUCUUAAUCAAAUCAUCAGCUGGGCCACAUUAGGUAGGUGGAUGUCUUCGUCUAUGCUGGUUCCAUUGCUGAGCUCUACACGCCUUUUCCACCGACUCCUCAGCAUAUUUCUCUCUCUCACAGCCACAUACCUGCUGCUCAGCACUGGGUCAGAGGCCUUGUUCCCCCCUGUGUUAUCUUGGUUGAUGUUUGUGUGGAUCAACAUUGAACAGGAAGCUAUGCACGCUCAGGGUGUCUCUGGCAGACAAGAGCUCUCCACUAUUGAUUUCUCUGCAAAAAUCGACAUCACCAAGAUCCGACAACUCAAGCUGGAUGACAUCAGAAGAUCAUAUUUUUUUGUAUUUUUUAUAAUAACAGCUUUCUUCGGCACAGGGAACAUUGCUUCCAUUAACAGUUUUGACCCAGCAUCUGUUUAUUGUUUCCUCACUGUCUUCAACCCCUUCAUCAUGGGAGGGUUGAUGAUGUGGAAGGUUAUCAUCCCAUUCAUUAUAGUAAUGUGUACAUUCGAGACCAUCCAAGUUGCAACACAGCUCUCGUCAAGAAGUUUAUUCCUCAUUGUCCUGGUCAUCUCCGACUUGAUGGCUCUGCACUUUUUCUUCCUGGUGCAGGACUAUGGCAGCUGGCUGGACAUUGGCACAAGCAUUAGUCAUUAUGUGAUAGUGAUGUCGAUGACCAUCUUCCUAAUGUUGCUCAGUGUAGUUACACAUAUCUUUACCUCACGAAGACUCAUCCUUUGGAGGAGAUUUAAGAUGCACUUCCCCUAAAUAAACAUGUGUUUGUGUGUGCAUGUGCAUGCACACAUACUAGAUCAACCAAAUGUUUAGUAUUUAUUUAUUUUUUUAAAAUAUGUUUUAUUUAGUGUUUGUCUUAUUAGUCUGGAGUUCAUGAGAUAUGUGAUAUUGUUUUUGGACUUAAUAUACAGUGUAGUACUGUGCAAAACUCUCAGCAUAGUUACAUGUCCUUAUUAAUCACAUGCUACCAUGGAGAAUUACUUCAGGUUUACAUUCUAAGUAGAAAAUACACAGUUCCUCUAAACAGUUGUUGUUGUCCUUUGUAUAAUUUUUUUGUUUAUUUUUACCUCUGUGUCAUAAUGUGAUUUUUAAGUAAUAAAUACUUUGAAAGUAAUCAAGACCCCUUCAAUAAUAUUGCUUAAAUAAAUGGUUUCCAGAGUGGCCUAAGACGUUUGCACAGUACUGUUUACACUGUAUUCUUUUGUAUACUCAGUCUCUUGUUUCAGUCACAUUUUUCUAUGCAUUAAUCAUUGAUGAAUUGACUAAGGCCACUUUGAAUGUUUAACUGUGAAUUAUGCCUUUGCCAAGGGUGCUGAUUUAUGAUCCACCAAAGAGUGGUAACUUGAUGACUCUAGUCUGUAGUAUGUAACUCUAUUUCCUGUUGAGCUGCCUAAAAAGAAUCCAUAUUUAGAGGGAAAAGGGAUGCUAUUUUGAUUCAUUGUGAAUUAUGUGCUAAUAAAAUGGAAGAAGUGGAAUGAAAA